GUUGUGGCAAAGUGGGCGGAUAGCAGUGUCUCUCCUGCCCAAUGGCAGGCACGACUCUCAUGAGAGUGGAGAGAGGCACUUUUCUGCCAUGCAGAAUCCCUAAAACCAUCAUCAUUCCGGCUCGGGAACCCACAGUACUGUGUAACAGCCUCCGCCGCUGAGAGAUGACAGAGCCAACCUCAGCGCACACACGGCCCCGGGAGCUUGGAGCUGCGUAGAGCCAACGCACCAAAGACAAGCAGACGCACACCACCUCUUUUUGAUUUUGUGCGAAAGGGACUUAAAGACGGGAAUUAAGGGAGUUUUCAUCCUGUCCGCUUCGUCCGCUUCUCACUCAAUCCGAACGUGGCCAUUUGCUCAAUGUCAUCAUGAUCAUCUUCUCGUCUCGCAGUGUACUACUGUCAGUCUACUAUCCACAGAUCUUCCUGAUCCUGACGAGUGGCAGCUACCUGGCCCUGUCCUCGGUGGUGGCUCUGGGUGCCAACAUCAUCUGCAACAAGAUUCCUGGGCUGGCACCUCGCCAGCGGGCCAUCUGCCAGAGCCGCCCAGACGCCAUCAUUGUUGUGGGUGAAGGCGCCCAGAUGGGCAUCAAUGAGUGUCAAUACCAGUUCCGAUAUGGACGCUGGAACUGUUCAGCGCUGGGAGAAAGGACAGUCUUCGGUCAGGAGCUGCGAGUAGGCAGUCGGGAGGCAGCUUUCACCUAUGCCAUCACGGCGGCAGGGGUGGCCCACGCUAUCACAGCAGCGUGCAGCCAGGGAAACCUGAGUCAGUGUGGCUGCGACCGGGAGAAGCAAGGGUAUUACAAUCAGGAGGAAGGAUGGAAAUGGGGAGGUUGCUCAGCGGACAUCAAGUAUGGAAUUGAGUUCUCUCGCCGCUUUGUGGAUGCUCGUGAGAUUAAAAAGACCCCACGUCGCCUGAUGAACUUGCAUAACAAUGAGGCAGGGAGAAAGGUUCUAGAAGAAAGGAUGAAGCUCGAGUGCAAGUGUCAUGGCGUUUCGGGAUCCUGCACAACCAAGACCUGUUGGACUACACUUCCCAAAUUUCGCGAGAUUGGCUACGUACUCAAGGACAAGUACAAUGAAGCUGUGCAUGUAGAGGUAGUCCGGGCUAGCCGACUACGCCAGCCCACCCACCUCAAAGUGAAGCAGACUCAGGGCUACCGUAAGCCCAUGGAGACAGACCUUGUCUACAUUGAGAGGUCGCCCAACUACUGCGAAGAGGACGCAGCCACAGGGAGUGUGGGCACCCAGGGACGCCUGUGCAACCGCACUUCGCCACACACAGACGGCUGCGACCUCAUGUGCUGUGGCCGUGGCUAUAAUACACACCAGUACACCAAAGUGUGGCAGUGCAAUUGUAAGUUUCAGUGGUGCUGCUUCGUCAAGUGCAACACAUGCAGUGAGAGGACGGAGGUGUUUACCUGCAAAUAAGGAUACAAGGAACUUAGUGCCAGGAAGUGAGGCGCCAAGGACUAGCUGAACGAGGAAGACCGAAGGGACCAAGAUGAACCGAGUCUUGGACCUGUGAGAGAUUUUGAAAUAAAGGAAUGGAAUUUACACUAUCAGCUCUUCAUGGCAUCGUUUUGCACACCAGAAUCUAUCUAAUUGCUUUUCAGAAAGUAAAUGCUAAAUAUCAGUAGGUAAUACCCCGGCAUUUUGCUGUCACAUAGAGGUUGUGCUCAUGUACUGAUGUAUCACCACCACAGUAAUGUUGGGACUACAGGUAAUGAAUGAGGCUCUCUGUGGGAACUGUGCUCUGCUCUCUGGGAUUUGUAUUUGUUAAAUUCACAAGAGACUCGUGCAUACAGUAGAGAGGAAACGCCAAAACCUGGGAGUUGAUCAGACUGACAGCAGCUGACAAAGGGUGACUGGGAGAUUUGUCAAGUCUUUGAUUAAAAAACUUUAAAGGUUUUGUUGUAUUUUAACUCAAGGGGAUCAGAGGUCAAUCUGGACAUUAAUGCCCCCCAACUUAGCUGGGGCGUAUGUUGGAGGUUUGUAGACGUGAAGAACAUUUUGUAAGUAUUGUGCAUUGGGGGUGCACCAAGUGGAGAACUCUGUUAAACCCUCUGCUGCCAACUGGAAUAUGGUGGAGUAUGUUAGUUUUCCAGUCACACUGGAACUGUCUGUUCUGAACACUGAAAAUAAAUUGUUUAUUUAUGUUAUAGUAUCUUAAAACAAAGCACUAACGGGUAGAGAUGUCUUUUUUGUACUAAGUGUAAAAGAAAAAUACUUUUUAGAAAUUCUGACUGAAGAUGUGUGUCUAUUAGAAAAUGCUCCCAUCUCUUGGACACCUUAUCUUUUCUAAAAAAAAAAAAAA